UCUCCGAGAGUAUUCUAAGCUGCUGCUGCUGCUGCUGCUGCCGCAACGACUGCUAAGGGUGCCUUCGUGUGGAAGGGGGGGAGCAAAAGGCAGGUCAAGCUGGCAUGGUAUUGGAGCACGUGUCUUCCCAGUGGCUGGCGGCACCGAUAAGCAGAUAAACCAUCUUGUGAGUGAUCCGAGGUGAUGUCGUCCCCCGCUACCUGGAAGUAGCAAAUUGUCGUCUGUACUUCUGUGGAAACCGCAUCUACGGCUGCUGCUGCCGGUUUCUCCCAAGAAAAUCACCGCCUACCGGUGAUGGACAUGCCGCACGCUGAUUGCUGACAGCGGACCACACGGUAGCGUCGCUUGCUAGCGUGAUGCGCUCGACGCCGGCGACGAGGACGAGAGCGGAUGCCCAGGAGGAAGCGGAGAGAACGAGGGGAGGCGAUGACGGUGGCGGCGGCGGCGAUGGCGAAGAGGGCGUUGGGAGCAGCCGGCGCGAAGAUGACAUAAAUUGGAAAAUGUCAACCCAGCAACAGGUGACACCAGCCCGAGCUUGGGCGACCGAGCGGUCAGCAGCACCAGCGGUGGCGAUGGUCACCGAAGCGCCAGCAGACGUCGAUGAGGAGCAGCAAACCGGCCACCACCCUUCCGCUGUAGUGGUGGAUGAGCAGAAUAAUCCAAUUAAAUCGUUGCGACGGCAACGGCACUGUGAUAUUACCACUACGAAGAAUACGAUUGAGAUGGCACCGGCUAGCAUGCCAGCGCUAGUCGGCGAUACGGAGCGCCAUCGUUUACGACGAACUGCGGCGAUCGUACCCGACGAGGAUGACGAUGGUGAAGGUGGCGGCGGCGGCGAAGGGACACUAACAAAUACUAGCGAAGCACCGUCGGACGAUUGUGACGUCAGCGGUGGAACGGUGGUUGAUGAUAGCAAUGGUGGCAAGCGCGGACCACAAGAGCAACACCGUGAUACGACCAACAACAAUGGCCAUCUGCUGCUGGUGGAACGGAAGCCAGAUAAAACGGUCAACGCACGGCGUCGGUGGAAGCUGCUUGCCAAGGCACUGCGCCAUGAUUCCAGUGAGGACGAUCAGUUCUCCAAGUUCAACCUGAUCGAGGCAGACCGAGCCGGGGACGAGAAGGAUGACAAUGUGUACGUGUACCGGUUGUACGACCGGUAUCGGCUCAAGAUCCGGUUGAUCGGCCCGGAGAGACCGUGGACGGCAACGGAGCUGAUUGGAUUCAACAAUACGGGCAACAUCUGCGUGUGGCCAUCGGAGGAAGCGCUCGCGUACUAUAUCCUCUCGCAUCUGCCCCUAUUCGAUGGUACGAAGGUGCUCGAGCUCGGUGGCGGUAUGACGUGCCUUGCCGGGCUCGUCCUGGCCAAGUACGGGCAGCCGGCAUUCGUCCACGUAACCGAUGGUAACGAGCUGUCGGUCGAGAACGUACGCAAGUCGCUGGUGUUGAACAAGUUCAAUUGCACGAUCAAAUCGUCCGUGCUGAAAUGGGACGGCCGGACGGUACGGGAGUUGACCGGUGGUGAGCACUAUCAGUUUAUCCUUUCGGCAGACUGUCUGUUCUUCGACGAGUCCCGGUCGCAGCUGAUCGAUACGGUGUGGUUGUUGUUGGCCGAGGAAGGUGUCGCACUGAUAACGGCUCCUCGUAGAGGUAACACGUUGAGCCUGUUCCUCAACGAGUGCGUUGCACGGGGUUUCCAUUAUGAGCUGCUGCAGUGUUACAAUGAAGCGAUCUGGGCGCGGCACCUGGAGCUGAAGCUAAUGGACGGUUACGAUGAAAACACGCACUAUCCGCUGCUGGUCAAGAUGUAUAAAUACGCACACGGUUCCGUACUGCAUCGACUGUGACGCUGAGAG